AUGGCCGCUACCGACUAUAAGUUUGAGGGCUGGGUUGGCCUCGACGAGAAGUCCUCCGAGGGCAACAUGGUCUGGCAGGAGUACGAGCCCAAGCCGUGGGAGGAGAACGACGUCGACAUCCAGAUCACCCACUCCGGUGUCUGCGGCUCCGACAUCCACGUCCUGCGCUCCGGCUGGGGCCCCGCCCCUUACCCCGUCUGCGUCGGCCACGAGAUCGUCGGUGUCGCCGUCCGCGUCGGCUCCAAGGCCGUCGGCGGCAUCAAGGUCGGCGACCGCGUCGGUGUCGGCGCCCAGUCCGACUCCUGCCUCGGCCGCCAGGGUCCCUGCGAGCCCUGCGAGACCAAGAACGAGCAGUACUGCCCCAAGUCCGUCCACACCUACGGCCACUUCCACUACAACGGCGGCAAGGCCAUGGGCGGCCACUCAAAGUACCACCGCUGCCCCUCCCACUUUGUCGUCAAGAUCCCCGACGGUCUCGAGUCCGCCUACGCCGCGCCCAUGCUGUGCGGUGGUGUGACCGUCUUCUCCCCGCUUAAGCAGCACGGCGCCGGCCCCGGCAAGACCGUCGCCAUCAACGGCGUCGGCGGCCUCGGCCACAUGGCCAUCAUGCUCGCCAAGGCCAUGGGCGCUGACAAGGUCGUCGGUAUCUCCCGCAAGGGCGACAAGCGCGACGAGGUCCUCAAGAUGGGCGCCGACGGCUACAUCGCCACCAGCGAGGAGCCCGACUGGGCCAAGACCUACGCCAACUCCUUUGACAUUGUCAUCUCCACCGUCUCCUCCGCCAAGGUCCCCAUGCAGGACUUCCUCAACCUCGUCAAGCUCGACGGCUCCCUCGUCCAGGUCGGUCUCCCCGACGACGGCGCCUACACAAUCUCCCCAGUCCCCAUGGUCAUGCGCCGCGUCAAGUUCACCGGCUCCCUGAUCGGAUCCCCCCACGAGAUCCGCGAGAUGUGGGAGCUCGCCGCCGAGAAGGGCGUCAAGCCCUGGAUCCAGGUCCGCCCCAUGAGCGAGGCCAACCAGGCCAUCGUCGACUUGGAGGAGGGCAAGGCCCGCUACCGCUACGUCCUCGAGAACUAA